AAUUCACAGUCUUUAGACUUUUAUUUUGAAAUGACUCAGAAGGCAACUUCCUGCUGUGCAUAGUGCUAAUUUAUAUUUUCUUUUUACUACACUGUAGCAGUAAACAUGCCCAUACUAUGAUAGGACACAUAGAGCGCUUGAAUUGUAUACAGCUUGGCCAUCUGAAUCCAUCCACUCUGGUCUCUGCCAUGGCAUCGGUAUAGGCUUUACCACAAGUAGAUAAUACAGCCAGCCUGAAACUUCCCACUGCAUCGCUGAGAGCAUUCAUAUGUACAGACUGAUUUUUGUUAAAUCUGUACUUGCCGUUUAAGACGAAGGUUACAUUUUGUGGGCGGAGAAAUUACUGUAUAGGAAGGAAAUCAUAAGACGUUCUCUGCUUCAUACUGGGGGACACGUUUGUGGAUCUGCAGCAUUAUUAGUAUCUGUGGGAAAAGGUGUUAUGGCUGGUAGCACCACUAAAACGGUCUUCGAGAUUUUUCAGACAAUGGAUUACGGACCAUCCAACUCGACCUUCUCCACUGCUCAGUCUUGGCUGGAGCUGCAGGAUGCUUCCCUCGGCCUGUUUGUGGAGGGGAAGUUCGCUCACCCAGCAGGCAGACAGACGCGAAGCCUAACAGACUCCACAGGCAGGACUGUGUGCAGCCUGAUGUGUGCAGUGGAGGAGGAUGUGAGUGGCUCUGUCUCCAGUGCAGCCAAGGGCUUAAAGGGGUGGAGUGAGCUGAGCUGCCACCAGAGGGCGCAACCUCUCCUGAGGCUGGCCGGUGCUCUGCAGAGGCACAGCCAGUGUGUGUCAGAGCUGUGUGAGCUCUCCCAGUCUCCUUGCUCCCCGGCAGCGCUGGUGCGACUGGCCCAGUACUACGCCGGCUGGGCUCAGCUCCGGGACACACUCAUCCCCGACUGGAUACCCAGAGGUGUGGUGGCAGUGGUGGGGUCUGAAGACUGCUCACUGUACUCUCUCUGGCUCAAGAUCUUGCCAGCUUUAGCUGUGGGUAACACUGUUGUGGUAGUUCCUGGAAUGCCAACAGCCCCUCCCUCUCUCCUAUUGGCUCAACUGUUUGGAGAGGCUGGACUUCCUGUUGGAGUGCUGAAUGUGAUUACAGGAAGUGAUGUGUCUCUGGGUGCCAAAGUAGCUCAGAACCCCAACAUGGCAUACAUGACAUUCACUGGCAACAAACAGGAUGCAGAGGCACUGUGUAGACAGACGGCAGGUUGGGGUGUACCUGUUUCUGUGUCUCUCUCCCUCGACUCCGUGUGUCCAUACAUUAUCUUUGAAUCUGCAGACAUUGACAGUGCUGUGGAUGGUGUGAUGGAAACAGUCUUCAAAAAGAGGAGAGAGUGCCAGUGGGCACUUUACGUGCAGGAGUCAGUGCUGAAGAGUGUGGUAGCUCGCUUGAAGCUGCGCCUGGCUGGGAUGAAGAGCAUCCCUCUGCAGUCCGAGGCACACAGAGCGCUGGUGGACACUGCAGUGCAAGAGGCUGAGCGGCAGGGGGCAACAAUCAUCCAGCCAUGUCCUCCACCCACAUCUGGUACCCUCUACCCCCCGACCCUGCUGUGUGGGGUCGCCCCAUCCUGCCAGGCGGUGGUCUGCCCUGCCCCUGGACCCAUCCUACCCCUCCUAACUUUUAGGGGCCCUGGAGAAGGGGUUACUCUGGGGAACCAUAGCUCCCAUGGCCAUGCUGCCUCCAUCUGGACUGAAGACCUGACUUUGGCUCUGGAGACCACCAAGAGCCUGUCUGUGGGCUCAGUGUGGGUGAACUCCCUCUCCGUCUCCGACCCCUCACUCUCCCUCUCAGGACGGAAGAACAGUGGCAACUGCACGGAUGGAGGAAGGGAGGGCCUGUACCAGUUCCUGCGCCCCUCCUCCUCCUUUCCUCUGCCCCGCUCCUCUCCCUGUGCUCUGGACUACGGUGCCUUCGGAGCAGCUGCAGCCAAGGCCUCUGUCCCUGAGGGAUUCGACUCUUCCAGCAUCCCUCGCUCCUACUCCCACUUAGUUGCGGGUCGUUCAUGCAAAGCUGAUUCCGGCUGCAGUAGGGCUGUGCUGUCACCAGAGGGAGCUGUGCUGGCCCACUGCCCUGACGGGGGACGCAAGGACGUCAGGAAUGCUGUGGAGGCAGCCAUUAAAGCACAGCCAAGCUGGAUGAAGAAGAGUCCUUCUGCACGCGCUCAGUCCCUUUAUUCUCUAGCUGGCCUCCUUGUGCAGAAAAGGCAGCCACUGGUCACAUCAAUUCAAACCCAAACUGGCCUCACGUUGGAGGAGGCCAAUCAGGAAGUAGACCUCAGCAUUUCAAGGCUCUACGAGUGGGCAGCCCGCUGUGACAAAGAUAUGUGUGGAGUGCCGCUCCUCCCUCAGUCAGGCUCUGCUCUCUCUAUCUCUGAGCCAGUCGGAGUUCUAGGUGUGGUGCUUCCUGACUCGAAGUCCCUCCUGCCUUUGGUUUCACUGCUAGGAGCAGCAGUUGCCAUGGGCAAUGCUGUUGUAAUGGUGCCAAGUGAGAAAUACCCUCUACCUGCUCUAGAGUUUAUUCAGAUUCUUCAGAGUUCUGAUCUCCCAGGAGGUGUGGUCAGUAUUAUCAGUGGAGGCAGAGAUCAGCUGACACAGGCGUUAGCCAAUCACAGUGUCAUCCAGGCUGUAUGGUACUGGGGCAGUAAGAAAGGCUGUCAGUUUCUGCAGCAUACCUGCGCUAGCCCUUUGAAGCGCCUGUGGCUUCACUGUGAGGGAGAUGAGCAGAAGGCCGGAGAAGGAGGACUCUGGAGUCUCCCUCAGCCCUCGCUCAUGGAGGAGAUGUGGAGGCAGGCCGUCGUCUGGAAGAGUGUGUGGAUCCCAACUGCCUAAAGAGUUGGCCUGAAAUUAUAUACUUAGUAGGGAUCACCCAGAUUAAAGAAGAAUACAAAUAUAUUUUCCUUUUUUUUUUGUUAAGUAAGAAGGGCAUGGGGGGGGGGGGGGGGGUUAUUUUAGGUUAUGGCUGGUGCAGAGAUUAUGUAACACACUUAGCUACAUGUGAAACAGUCAUUUGGGGGAUUUUUUUUAGGUGAGGAUCAGGAUGAAGCUCCUCAUACACUUCUGUUUUUUAUGGUCACAUGGAAAGUUGUGGCUGUAAGAAAUAAGGAACAAAGGUUGUCCUCGCAGUAAGGCAUGUGAUUUGUGGUCCUUUAGCACAUCUUGGAAGGGGUGUAUGACCUCGCAAAAACACAUUUUUACUUCGGUUGUCGACAUUUUUCUCAUGAUCAAAGGGUCCUGCGUUGUGAUUUGUGAACUGAGUGAACUGAGCCAUAAUGUGCUAUCGCAUGAUUUGGAAUACAGUUGAUAACAAUAGAAAGACAAGGCAAAUGUUGGGCUGAGAGGCCACGGGAUCCCCACAGCUACCUCGUACACUGCAGUGGCAUACUUACGUAAAUAAUUCAUCAUACUGCCUUAACAUAUUAGUGUUAAUAUAGAAACUGGGAUAUUGGAAUGCUGCCAAAAAUUAAAUGAAUUCGCCUCAGGAUUAGAUUCUAAUAAUAUGCUGCAGAGCAGAUUUUUUCCCAUCAUCACAAUUGAAGGAUUGAAUGGAUUGAAGGAACUAACUGGUGUGUGUUUAAAAAUGCAUCUUGAAGAAUCCCUUAUAUUUUUUAAAUGUGUAGAGAAAUCAUGGUUGUAAUAAAGUGGUGUGGUGAACAUGAAGCAGUUUUGCAAAAGCAAGUGUCAUGAGGCCCGUGUGCAGAGACAAGUUUCUUGUUAGGUCAGGCAGAAAAGCCUGUGUGCAAAGGUGAGUGUCUUGUAAGGUCAAGAAGAAAGACCUGUUUUCGAAAACAGGCCUACAGGUGCAGGCUGAUGGAGACAGCCAAGCAUUCAUGGAGGGGUCUCUGGAUAAGAGAUGCAGACAAGUCAAGGACAGGCGAAGCCUCCCAAAAACUUGUAAACAUGGUCUUUGAAACAUUGGCAAGGACACCAGCCUGCUCUCACAAGUCACCAUUGUCUUAAAAUGUUUAUCUGCAACAAGUGAGCAGAAAUAUUCUGACUGGCUGAGCGAGGAUAAAAUGUAUAGGUUUGAGAGAAUAUUCUGAUUGGUUCAACUUGGAUACGUUUUGGGUGUUCAAUCGGGUCAAUUUGGAUAAGUUUUAGGCUUUUGAUUGGAAAAAGCAUAGUGACGAAAUAUGCCAUUUAAAAAGUUAGUGCACUGUUUUUUUGACAGAGCUGCUCCAUGGACCACCACUCUGAUUGAAUGAAAAGUCUGCAAGAUUGAAUAAAACUUCAGUUCAUCGCAUUCGGUUAUCUGACUCUCAUUGAAGUAUCAACUCUUAAGAUUUGAAGAGGUUGUUUCGCUACAACAAAUGUAACAUGGGUGUAGCCUACCUGUCUCUGAUGUGAAAAUAAAGAACAUAAAAGAGAUAUUUUUACUACUGGUUAGUGGGAAUUCUGCCCAAUGUAAUAGGCUACCUCACUUCAAUCUUGUUUUGUUUUUUUGCUGAGAAACUGUUGGGAAUGUUUUGGUGUCUUUAUAAAGUUAUUUGUCCUUUC